AAACAUAUGAUUAACUUCAGGUUAACGUCAUAAAACAAAAUAUUAUGUAGAAUUAGAAAACAAUCGUUCACAAAUAAAAAUCAGUUUUAUCAGUCAUGCGUCAUCGGCCAUAUGUUUUCGCUAUCAGUAUUUUUACUAUUUCAUUGUUCAGAAUCCGAGAAAGCUUCUGCUAUAGUAAUGCUGCAAAAAUACACGAUUUACCACCUUGGGAUUACUUAAUGUUUUCUCAAAGAUGGGCUAUUUCUGCUUGUAUAGAAUGGGAGGAAAAAGCUAAAAACAAUGUUUGCAAACUCCCUGCUCAGCAUAAUUCUUGGUUAAUCCAUGGGCUCUGGCCUACAAAAUCAGGUACAAACGGUCCUAAUAAUUGUGAUUCAGCUAUUCAUUUUGACCCAGAUCAACUCCAGCCUAUACUAAAUGAUCUGAAUGAAUAUUGGACCAAUAUAGAGGGUAACACAAAAGUAAACUCUUUCUGGUCACAUGAAUGGGAUAAACAUGGAACAUGUGCAUCAAGUUUACCCCAGCUCAAUAGCGUGUAUAAUUAUUUUCAUAAAGGUCUAGAAUUGCACAGCCAGUAUAAUAUGUUGUCGAUACUUAAGGAUUCAAAUAUAUCACCUAAUAUGAAUAAUUAUACUAUAGAUGAUUUCUAUAGCGCAAUAUUUAAAAAAUUGAAUGUUACUCCACAAGUUCAGUGUGUAGUAGACUCAAAAACAAAAGAAUCAUUGAUCAGUGAAUUACGGUUAUGUUUUAAUAGAUCAUUUCAAUUGAUAAACUGUACUUCUCAGAAUUUAGAACCUAGUAACUGUAGUAAAAAAAAGGCAAUAAAAUACUUAGCAGAUAUUCCGGGUGAGAUGGCAGAAGCUACAGUGGAUGGUUAUUUUAUAGAUCCUCAAGAAAUUAUUGCCCAAGAACAAAUGUUGCAUGAGUGGUAUAUUCUCAUCAAAUUUCUCAUUUGGUUCACACUGUGAAAUAAAAAUGAAAGUACCUAGAUCAAAUUGUAAUAAUUGGGUCAUAAAUAAAUUAUAUUUUUAAAAAUGAA